AUGUCUGUCCCUAAGCCUGGUGACAUGUCUGUGCUCGACAAUGCCUGCACCGUUAUUGUCGACAAUACAUUUUACUCGUACUCAGAGAAGGGUUUUCUGGCUCUGCCCUUGGAGGAUAGUGCUAAAUGGGAAACCCUUGAUUUUGGCGUCAAGGUAACAGGGCCCUCUUGCGUCGGCAAGAAAUUGACCGACAAAGGCGCAGCCUCUCUCCUGGUAGUCGGUGGCCACAGUGAUGAUAAGAGCUACGCUGGCUUGCAGGAGUACUCCUUCGCUGCCAAGACAUGGGCAACUCUUCGGCCUCAGACUAUGGACUUACAGAACCGCCGAGGUCACAGUGUCGUGUAUAACGACGCUUCUGACACCAUUGUCGUCUUUUCUGGCACCAAAUCUGAUGACCCAGGUGCCGCUCCCGGCGCUUCACAGGAGACUCACAAGAUACAGGUCUCGGGAGCACAACCGCUCCCAGUUACGUCGGCAAACCCUCCGCGCUCUGGUAGAGCUGGCGCAGUCAAGCCGAUGCUCUUUCCCUGGGCUGGCGCUGACAUUGCUCUGAUUUCUGGUCCUGCCGACGAUGGCACCAUCUGGCUUAUGAACUCGGCCCUGAAUAACAACGAUGGAUGGAGACCCGUUGGAAGCGUCCAAGACUCAUGGCCAUCGGAUUCUGCAGCAAUCCGUGGCGCCUUGGUCUCCAGCACCAGCGACAACUCCCUCAGUCUUCUCAAAUUUGACUUGAGCCGCUCACCCAAUGUUAUGACCCGCAUCCCCGUUGCCAAGGCCCCGAAUGAAGCCAUCCAUGGCGCAACUGCUGCGACAAAGCGUAGCGUCGAUUUUGGAAUGGGCAGUUGGCCUGAGUACAACCAAACCAACGCCCCGGAUACGACGAGAAACGGCUACUCUGUCGCUCAAGGCGCCAAUGGCAUGAUCGUCAUGUCUGGAGGCAAUGCCAAGGAGCCAGUGGCCAUUUUCAAUGCUGAAAAGAACAGCUGGGUUAAUGCCACGCUGCUUCUCAGUGACGGGUCACAAAAGAUUCUCGCCUCCUCGACGACAAGCUCUACCACGAGCACCACAACCUCAACCUCGACGACAGCGUCCUCUACCUUUGCUACCUCGAUCACCACGACCACAUCAACCACCUCUGCAACCCCGACUGAGACGAGCGCUGCUGCUACACCUGAAAAGCACGGCCCCAGUUCCAACGCCAUCCUCGGCAUCACUCUGGGAACCAUUGCAGCCUUUCUUGCCAUCCUCCUCGUCAUCCUGCUUCUUCUUAAGCGUCGCAAGCGCCGCGGGAACCCCAAUCAGGGCACCGUCCUCAAUCCCGACGAGAAGGACACUGUUGCGUUUGCCAAGAGCAUGCAACCUGCUGCGUCGCCUGCCAACUACCGCGGGCACAACCCUACGCUCUCCACCGAAUCGUAUUCUUCCGUCGCCAUCCUUAUGGGUCGAAUGGGACCUCAGAAGCAGGCUGUCGCUAAUAAUGGCAAGACAUCGCGCGCGUCGAUGAGAAGCUCCAUCAGCUCUCUGCACAAGCAGUUCAAGAGCACUAUUAGCAAGCCAAUUCCCCAACCCUCGAACAACCCCAUGCUGCAGGCUCAGGACGACCGAGGUGUCGCUUUUGACCCCACAGUCGCUGAGCCUCGGCCGCGCAAUGGGCCCUUGCCUGCGCAGGACGGUACUCGCCGCAGCUCUGGAUGGAACAAGUACUGGUCUGGAGGAAGCGCUCUGCAGAUUCUUGGCUACGGAAACAAGCGCGCGACUGUCACCUCAGAGCGCAGCUCUCGUUACUCCGAAGCUAACUCGGCUCAUAACAAUGCCCGCGCUACCCAAGAUUCUGCCACCGUGCCUCCUCUUAACUUCGAGGCCCCGCCUGAAGUGAACAGUGUCAACAGUGGAAGCCCCAUUGUAUCGCAGUACGUCAGCAAGGUUCCGACCGAGGGCAUUGCUGGCACAAUCGAGCGUCCCGUCUCGCCCUUGUCGACGGCUUCUGGAUAUUCAAGCGGAGUGCCUGAGAGUAUCAACGAGAUGUUUAGACACUCUGAUGAGAAUAAGCCUUGGGGUCACGACCGAGCGCCAAGCAGCAUAUACCAACAUCACCGAGAAGAUUCGGCCGCUGUGCCCCAAAGUUCUGGAGUGAGCCAACAACCACAGCUUGCCAUGGCAGCCACAUCGUCAGACAUGAGCUGGCUCAACCUGGGCGACCAGACCCGUAAAUAA